UGCCUCCUCGCGCUGCCGCUCCUCUUCCUCGGCUUCUUCUUUCCAGUUUUCCAGGAGGAUCAUUCCCGGUCACACUCCCUCCUCACACACCCGGAUCAGACUGCAGCAACACCGACCCACAACCAUGGCCGUACGGGACUCUGGAUAUCUGCUCUUCGGACUUGUGGUCCUUUUUCACACCUGGGGAGCGUUGGCUGUGGAAGUGAACAUGGAGGACAGAGUGGAAGUAUUCAUAGACGACAUGGCUCAGCUCACCUGCAAGUUCACAUCAGAAGAAGGCAUCGGCGGCAUGAUGAUACAGUGGUUUUAUAUGACACCAGCGGGGGAGAAACAAAAAAUCUACUACCAGGACAGCACCAUGAAGGUCGUGGACAGAGGCACGCCGUUCACAGACAGGAUCAGUGUGAACGGGACCGGAGCUGAAGGGGAGGUGGUGCUGACCAUCAGAGACGUGCAGCAGAGGGAUGAAGUCGAAUUUAUCUGUCUUGUCAAAAGCCUCACUGAUGGGAUUGCAGAAGGACGCACCAAGCUCAAAGUGUUUGCAUUACCAGACUCUCCUACCAUUGAGGGUGUUCAGACAGGCAUCUCAAUCAAUGAAGCAAGCCCCCCUAAGAUUGGGAUCUGUGAAGUCAAAAAUGGUUUCCCCAGGCCAAACAUUACUUGGUACAAAAACAACACACCGCUCCACAAUAUUCCUGGAGAGGUGAGGCUCGUGCCCAGCACCACCAGUGAAUCCAGUGGGCUCUACUCAGUUACCAGUGAACUGUAUAUGAAACUGGUGAAGGAGGACAAGGAUAAUUACUUCUACUGUGAGGUCACCUACUUUGUUCCUGGGGCAAAAAUGAUGGUGGAGACCAACCGUAUCAAUGUCACAGUACUCUACCCCUCCACCGCCGUCAAAGUAUGGGUGGAGUCACCAAAAGGCGAAAUCAAAGAGGGCGAUACAGUCGAGAUUCACUGCAGUGGAAACGGGAAUACUGCAGCUGAAAUUAAAAUCACACACAGGGAUAAUGAAACAUCUACAGAGGAUGGAGUGUUGGUGAUGAAAUCUGUGACCCGUGCACACUCUGGAGUUUAUUUCUGCUCUUCUAUGGACUUAUACACUUAUGAGGAAGUCUCUGGAAACACCACUGUGUUUGUCAACUUUCUGGAUGAUGCUGUGGUGGAGCCUGAACGCAUCAUGGAGGUCGCCCAAGGAGAGGAAGUGAAGGCCACAUGCAACGCCCUCUCUUCUCUCCAGACACACACAACCUGGUUAAAGAAUGGAAAGGAGGUUUCAAAGGGACACAUUUUGACGCUGGAAGCUACAUUCGACACAGCAGGGACAUAUGUGUGUGUAGUGUCUGUUCCUGAGAUAGAAGGAAUGACAACCAGCGAGACACUUCGUAUUAAUGUCCAGGGGCCACCAGAGAUCCUGGAGCCAGUCAGCACAGAGAUUGAGGAGAGUUUUGACAGUACAGUCGACCUGAGCUGUGAUGUCAGAGGUUUCCCCGCUCCAACCAUCGUCUGGUCCACCUCCGAUGGAAAGAUCCUCCCGACAACAUCCCAAGAAGAGACGGAUGAGGGCGUCCACAGCGUGGUCAGUGUCAGGGUGACCUCUGACAUGAUCGCCUUCUGCAACGCCUCCAACGUCUAUGGCACCGACGCCAUGGCCUUCAGCAUCAAAGCCAUCAAACACACCACCACACCAGCCACCACUACCACUACAGUUUCCACAGUUAAAGCAGACACAGCUAUCCCAGCAAAGACGGUCCCCAAAGAGGGCAAGGGUGUCAUCAUCGCUGUCAUCAUCAUCUGCAUUCUGCUGCUGGCGGUCUUGGGGAGUGUCCUCUACUUCCUGUACAAAAAGGGCAAAAUUUGCGGCCGAUCUGGAAAACAGGAUCUCACCAAAGAGAAGUCUAAUAAAGAUAACAUCGUUGUGGAGAUGAAGAGCGACAACACAGAGGAAGCUGUGCUCCUCGGCGUCAACGGAGAAAAACUACCGCCCAGCGACCAGUGAAGUGCGACGAGCGCCUGAACGUGCAGAAGUGAGGAGGCGACGGCCGCUCCUCUUCCUCCCUCUCAGGCUCAGACUCGCCGAUGCCUUCUCGCUUCCACCAGAGCCCCUUUAUGUCCGAGUUAUGUCAUGGAAAGACUUAGAUGCCUGUCAGGUAAUCUGUCACGACGGGCAACUGAGACUGAAAUGAUUCCAAGCUGCAGCCUUUGCCUCCUGUCCUAUUACGACCCAGCACAUGUUUUUUCUGUUUUUUUUGGAAUGCGACUGAAUGAGUGUAAAUGAAGUGAUUUGAGACGACAUAACUCAAGGACCGCCCUUAGACUGUAGUUCUCAUGACCGUGAGCCUUGUAUACUGCUGAUUGUCCAUAGAUCCAUCAUUUAGAGCACAAUGUUGACUGUUUUUAUACCCAAAUAAGUAUCACCUCAGGCAAAGCAAUCACUAAAGAGGAGCCUGAAACAGCUCUGUGUCAAGUGUACAUAUGAUAAUCUAUGUAUAUAUUUCUUUAUUUAAAUAACAUGAUAUAAAAAAAAAAAAAAGAAAAUCAACCAAAAACAACCAGAUAGUGUUUUAUUUUGUUCCAGUGCUCUUCAUGGAGAGCUCAGGUAGCGAUAGCCAUCCUGUUUUGAUUGUAUUUGAUUAACUUUUUUUUUUUUUUUUUGCCUGUUUUCUGUUUUGCUUAAGUCUGUACACUGAAAUCCCGGGUCUUCGUUGACACCUCGCCUUGACAGCCACUUCCAGCCUUAUCACAUUUCAACAAAACCUUUGCCUUUUUAGCUCUAAAACAAACCCACAGAUCGUUCGUUCACAUAUCAUUUCACUUUAGUUGUUUUUUUUUUCCUCUCCAGCGCUUAUUUGUGUCUACAUAUAUGUCAUCGUUAAUGUGGAAAUUAAAGACGACCAUUUAGUUUUUGUUUUUUUCUUCGCCUCACAAUCUAGUUUUGAUACUUUUUGUGUGUAUUUGAGUUGUUCCAUUGCCAACAGUCAAGUUAAAGGUGAAACUGCAUUCAAAGCUCUGUAGAAAUAUUAG